AUGUCGCAAACGCAAACACAAUUUCCGCAUAUUGAACAUGCUGAAUUCAACGUUGAAGUCAAUAUUCCAUUGGUAAGAUUUUCUAGAAGUUUUUUCAGACAAAAUAAUUUUUGUUUUCAGUGGGUUUACAUCAUUAUUACGACAACAAUUGGUCUUUGCUAUCUUUGUUGUGCACUUUGGUGUUGUUGUGCAACGCUAUCUUUAAGAAAAUCUGGCAAUAAAAAAUCGAAAGGAUCAGUUGAAGAUGGAAAUGUGGAAAACGAGAAAAAAUCCUCGAAGAAAAAUCACUCAAAGUCUCGUGAAAAAUCGCAGGAUGAUCGAGAAGCUCAUUAA